UCCGCCCUGAGGAGUCGACGGAUGCACAGCACAGCUUCGACUGCCCUGGUUGGAGGGAUGUUUCGAGCUGUCUGGAACCGCAACAAAGAAACCGUAGCUGCGUUGUCAAAACGUCUGUAACAGCGCUGGACUGACGUUGCUGUCAACAGCGAAGAAGAAGAGAGGACUCGUUUCUCUUCAUUUUGAAGGAAAAGCCGCUGGGAAAAGUAUCAUUUGGAGCCGAGUUGAGUCUCUGCUCGGAGCAGAUGCAGCUCACAAUGAAGACAUUUGUGGCAUGAAACCAGAUCUGUCACUCAUUUCCUUCUCCUUCAUUUCCUUCCAUCACCUUUCAGUUAGUAACUCUAACCUCAGCAACACCGCAUUGAUGAGGUAACGUCAAGCGCCCGUUUCGCAGCACCCACCUGCACAUAUACCAUAUUGCCUUCUUCCCCUUCUCCUCCCAUCAACCUCUCCAUCACAGUUAUGGGUCAGAAGAUUUCUGGUAGCACCAAAUCAGUGGAUGGUCGCGGGGAAAGUGGUGGCUCCCCGUCGUACCGACCCACGGCUCAUCGUCGCCAACACCUGGAGCUAAGGGGUCCAGAUUUUUCCAAGCCUCCCAGGCUGGAUCUGCUGCUGGACAUGCCAUGCGCUGGACUGGAGACCCAGCUCCAUCACGCUUGGAAUCCGGAUGACCGCUCCCUCAACAUCUUCAUCAAAGAGGACGACAAGUUAACGUUUCAUCGACACCCGGUUGCUCAAAGCACAGACUGCAUCAGAGGGCGGGUUGGAUACACGCGGGGUCUUCAUGUGUGGAAGAUGCACUGGCCUUCACGGCAGCGAGGCACCCACGCCGUGGUGGGUGUGGCAACCUCUGAGGCUCCUUUACAUUCUGUUGGGUACACUGCUUUAGUGGGUUCGGACUGUGAGUCCUGGGGUUGGGAUCUGGGACGAAACAGACUCUACCACGACAGUAAGAACCGGUCCCACAGUUCGCUGCCUUCGUACCCUUGUUUCCUGGAGGCAGACGAGUCAUUCACACUCCCGGACUCUCUUCUAGUGAUUCUGGACAUGGAUGAAGGGACGCUAAGCUUUAUGGUGGACGGACAGUAUCUAGGAGUUGCAUUUCGAGGCCUGAAAGGAAAGAAGCUGUAUCCCAUCGUCAGUGCCGUGUGGGGACAUUGUGAAAUAACCAUGAAGUAUAUCAACGGCUUGGAUCCUGAGCCCCUGCCUCUUAUGGACCUUUGCCGACGUGCGGCCCGUCUGGCGUUGGGUCGGGAACGGCUCAAGGAAAUUGAUAGCCUCCCUCUGCCUCAGUCCCUCAAAAAUUACCUCCAGUACCAGUGACUGACACCAGCAGAUCCAACUGGGACAACAAGGACACAGAGUAGGACACCAGAGAUUCUGCAGACGGACGAUGAAAGGGUGAACUUGAGGUCGCACAGAGAGGGGUGAUUGAUUGAAGAAGGUCUACACUGGAACACAGCAGCUCUCAUGAAUUACAUACAAGGACGGAGAGGGACGACAGCAGAUGAACUGGAGGGAGUUUUCAAACCAACAAUCUGACCACACCAGCUUCUUUUUUUAUUUUAGGCUGCUUUUUUGGUUUUAGAGUUGAAAUAAAUUAUUGAUGACAGUA